AUUUUGUUUUUACGGUUGAAAUUUUACUUAUAAAAAUCUGUUCAAUAGGCUGUUUGAAUUUUUAUUUUCAUAAAUUCCAGUCUGGAUUGUUUAAAAAAAAACUUUUUUCGUUCUACUGCCAGCUAGAGAUCAUGAUUUUUAUGUCGACGUGUUUGGCCUUCAUGAUAAGAUCCGGCAGGGCCACGUGACCUCCAACCUUCCAAGGUCCGUCGUCGGGUUGAACUCUUCACUGUCUCUCAUUUACUCUAGAGAUGGCACCGCUUGCUCAAGAGGCGAAACUGUCUCCGAAGCCGGCCCAGGCACGGCCGGAUGGGAUCCGAGCUGUACUUCUCGGACCCCCGGGUUGCGGUAAAGGCACCCAGGCGCCUCUACUGAAGAGAGCAUUCUGCGUGUGCCAUCUUUCCACAGGCGACAUGCUCAGAGCUGAAAUAGCUGCAGGUUCUAAGCUUGGCAAGGAACUCAAGAAAGUCAUGGAUGCAGGUCAGCUUGUCAGUGAUGACCUGGUUGUAGAAAUGAUUGACAGCAAUCUUGACACCCCUCAGUGCAAAAAUGGUUUUCUCCUCGAUGGCUUUCCGAGGACAAUUGUCCAAGCACAGAAGCUAGAUAAUCUACUAGAGAAAAGAAACACUUCUUUGGAUAGUGUAAUUGAGUUUACUAUUAAUGAUUCGCUAUUAAUUGAGAGAAUAACUGGCAGGCUGGUUCAUCCUUCAUCGGGAAGAUCUUACCAUGAGAAAUUCAACCCGCCAAGAGUACCCAUGACGGAUGAUAUAACCAAUGAACCGUUGAUAAAAAGAUCAGAUGACAAUGUUGAAGCUCUUAAAAAGCGGUUGGCAACUUACUCAAGUCAAACAAAGCCUCUUGUAGAUUAUUACUGCAAGCAAGGAAUUCACUAUAAGAUUGAUGCUUCCAAGUCUCCACAACAAGUUUAUGACAUGAUAUAUAGAAUAUUUAAUAAAUGUGUUGGACAAAGGAAAUCAGAUAUAAUCUAGGUCUACUUAAUGUUUGUAAAAACAAAAAAAGAGAAAAUCAAUCUCUCUAGAUGUAGAUAAAGUAAAAUUUGAGUAAUAUAAAAGACAAAAUUCUUAUGUGUUUUAAGACUAUUUCAACACAAUACGAAAUUAACAUGUAGUGGUGGUGUUUCUAAUUAGCAAUUUAUGUCUAUAGUGAAAACAUGACAGAGGCUUUAAAAAAUCUCUAUGUAAAACUAUCCCUAAAUGAAAAUGAAUUAUAUAUUUUUAUACCUUUUAAUUUUACAUUUGCUAUCUCGUACGUCUCAAACUUUCGAUGAGGACUUUUAACAAAUCUAUUUUUGUAACAUUCCUUUUUCCUGUUUAAAAAAAGCAUAUCAUUCCAAUAAAUAUAUGUGUUGCAGUUUCUUUCCUAAUAAUGUUUAAAAUUCAUAUCAGCUCAAUAAAAGCCUUCAUGAAUAAUA